UUUGUUUCGUAGACUUCUGAUAUUUUCAACGAAAUUGUUGAUUUAAAGAAUUAAGUGAUUUGUUUGACUUGCACUAGCCUACAGUUUCGAAAUCGCGGACCUCAAAGUGGCAAUUUUGAAUAAUAUCCGUGAGCAGCUUUUUUCCCGAUGGCUGAACCCAGAAUUCGAAUGUCGGCUCUGGGUCGCGAUGCGCGCGUUGGAGAUUUCUAUAACUUCUUCAGUGACGACAUAUUUCCAAGUGGAAUAACAAUUCCGGAAGACAAGUCAAUUUCAAAAACGGCAUCAAACGAAACCACAUUUUCAUUCUUUUACCAAAAGCCGGACAAAUUCAAAGGUUACAUGUUAAAUAUUAAUUCCCACCUGCACUACAGCAUUGAAAAGGGUGGUCUGGAUUUGAAAAAACUUUGGUUCGCUAAUUACCUAAAUGCAAACUCAACGGAGGGUGAAGGCCGUGUAGCCCAAGUCACUUUCUUUAUUAGACUAAGUCGACGAAUCGAAACUCUCCAUCCGCAAUUCAUCUCGUCAAGAAUGCACGAAUAUCAGUCAAGUAGCGGCGGAAAAGCGACACAUUUGAUAGAAAAAAUUGUAUACGGAGCUGAGAUGAUCUGCUCAAUCGAAAAAUCCGUUGAUUGGAAAUGGGAAACGAAAAAGUGUGUUGAACGAAAUCUCUAUUUGGCAGCCAAGGAUUACUUCGAUCGUGCCUUUGGUCAGGAUCCAGCUACAACACAGUUACCUGUUGAAUUAAAUGAAGCCACUUGUAAUGUCCUCAACAGUAUAGAAGCCGGUAAAAAUUGGAAUUGCUCACUCAAAGAAUUCAGACAAUACCUGAGAAACUUGAUUAAUAAUUAUCAUGACGAACGACCGGAGAAGUGGAAACCUGUCGAGAUCGUUCUGCGAGACAUUCCGGCUCAAAUUGAAACUCGACUCUUGUCAGAUAGGAAUAUUGAAAUUGCAUUCCUCAAAGAGCAGAACGAAGUCAUGUGGAAAUGGAUUGUGGAGGAGAGUCGCAUCUUAUCGAACCAUUUGUCUCUUCAGCGUUUUCCGCCACUGCUGGAGAAAGUGAUCUGCCAGUUCCAGGACCUACUCCAACCUUUUUGGAAUAAAGAGAUUGUGAAAUUCCAAGAAAACACUCAGACUCCUGAGCAAGUCUUGGAAAAAGUCAAACCCAUCUCUGACUUUCUGACUCAAAUGAUCGACUGGCUAGCCCAGCGAGGAAAAGAAAUUGAAAUAUUCGACUGGUUACUAAACGAAACCCAAUUAGCAGCGCUAGAUUUGGAAGAUAUAAAAAUUCGAAUGAGGAAUGCAGACGAAAAAUUCGCCAAAGUUUUCGUCCUGAAAGUCAACUACAACAAAAAUAUUUUGGUAGACAAAAUAUUGGAAAUAACUGGGGACACGACCCCAGCUUUUGAGCUCCCACUUUUGUGGAUCAAAAGAUUAGAGAAAGAUAGUCUUGCGGAAAUUAGAAGAAAACUACACAAUUUCGCAAAUGAAGCUGAUCUGAAUAGAAGCGAUCCAAACCGGGACACUUGGUACCAGAUAGCACUGGUACCAAUCUCUUCGUCGUGGAACGACGGAGCCAUACAAGUUAUUGAUUUUUCUGACAGAGUAUCCGAACAAUCUUUGGUGCCGUCGGAUAAUCCAGUCAAUUCACCUGAAAAGGUCCAACAAAAUCAUCCCCAAAGUCCCUCUCUUUAUCCAAAUCUACAUCAAAUAACACCAGAUGAUGCUUCCUCAUCAACAAAACAGCCACACUUGACAAAUGUCCUUAGUACUGGUGUUCAGAAUUCUAAAAAAAUUAAAGAGGAAGAAAAUGAAAACAUGGAUGAUGACCCAUCCAUGCUUUCGUCCGAUUUAAAUGCUGCUAUGGAAGACGCUGAGAGCAGUUCAGGACCUGCUUCGUCCAAUACCACGACUCAUUUCAUGGGGAAAACUGAAACAAACCCAACGACACAAGAGCAAGAUUCAUACGGAAUAAUGGAAAACCAUCAUCAAACACAAAGCACCGAUAACAGCUAUACUGGUAACGCGGGAACAAGACGAGAUUCGCUUGUAAAAAAUUUUAAUAAAAUUGAGAUAAAAGAUAACCAAGAUAGGUCAACCACAUCCACAGCUGCCUCAAUACAAAAGAGUUCAAUUGCUGCAGGAAACCAAAAUGACGACCCUGGUAAAUCGUCUGGCGAUCACCAGCGAGAAAAGAAAACAAGGUCAAACUCGUCUUGUCAAGAAGAAGAAACAAAAAAACAUCACGAAACGGACUCCAAGGCCAGUGAAUCCGCCAGCAAAAACAAGAGCCAACAAGAAAGGGAACGUGAAUUCGACAAUGAUCAAAAUUAUCGAUUGCCGAAGCACGAAGAGCCUCCAUCAAACCGAAACAUUGGCCAGGUUUUUUCCACCAGCAGGCACUACAGUCAAUUAAUCAAAAAGGGCCAACCUAAUGUUUACUUGCUGAACGCCGAGGAAACAUCCGUUGGUGAGGAUUUCCGUUGCUUCGACAUCGGUCAGCCAGAAGGUACACCGUUGUCGUUUGAUAUGCGAAAUCACAAAGUAAUCAUCUUGAUGGGUGCCACUGGAUGCGGCAAGAGCACGCUCAUCAAUGGAAUGGUCAACUACAUCCUCGGCGUCAAAUGGAACGAUCCGUUCCGCUUCAAAUGUGUCCGCGAAGAUGAAAAGACCGCCAAGAACCAGGCGAUCAGUCAAACGAGUACAGUAACGGCCUACACUCUUCGCCACCAUGACGGGAUGGCCAUCCCUCAUUCGAUCACGAUCAUCGACACGCCCGGCUACGGAGACACGAGAGGAGUUCAAAGGGACAAGGAAAUCACGCGCAAAAUUCAUCAAUUUCUGACUCAACCAGAAACUCGUGUCGACGAAAUUCACGCCGCAUGUUUCGUGGCCGCUUCCGGAAAUAGCCGGUUGACGCCUACCCAGAGCUAUAUUAUAGAUUCUGUGCUGUCCAUAUUCGGUAAAGACGUCAAAGAGAACAUUCGCUUGCUGGUAACCUUUGCAGACAAUGCCCAUCCUCCCGUGGUAGAGGCUUGCCUGGCUGCCAACUUUCCCGUUAAUUCCGCGUCGGCCGGAAUCACCUACAGCAAAUUCAACAGUUCCGUCCUCUACGCAAACAACGAUCAACAAGGAGACGACGAUUUCUGUUUCGACGAACUAUUCUGGGAUAUGGGACAAGAGAAUUUCCACAAAUUUUUCACCAUGCUGGAGAAAAUGAACGGCAAGGACUUGAAAUCGACUCGCAACGUCAUCCAGAGUCGCGGACUGCUGGAAAAGUCGUUGAGAGAUAUCGAGCAAGAGCUGGAAGUUUGUUUUGUCAAAAUCGAAAAUAUAGAAAUAUUCCAAAUGAAAAUGAGGUUAUAUGGGCACAGGAUGGAAUCUAAUAAAAUUUUCACCUUUGAAAAGACGGAAAUGCGCCUCAUUGAGAUGUUAUGCGAAAAAGGAUACUUUGCUUACAACUGUCGUCGUUGCAGAAACACUUGCGAAAGGCCAAUACAACUAAAAUAUAAUGAAAGGCUGCAAAAAAGAAGAUGCGAGUUCUGCACUUGCCCGGCUUCAGAACACGAAUACCAGUCAUUCGAAUGGCGUUUGCUUCCAGUCAAGAUUACAACGACUCUGAAGGACAUGAAAGCCGAAUACGAAUCGAAUUAUGAUGAUAAAAUGACCACCGAACAGCUGCUUGCUAACUGCCUGAUUGAAUUUAGAUGUGACCAAAGCGAAAGUAUUGAGUCUGCUUGAACAAGUGGGCAUCAAUGCCCGUAAACUAGAUUCGACAUCUCUACAUUCAAAUGCAUUAAGUACGGCUGACUAUCUCAGUCUGAUGAGAAGUCGAGUCGCCGAGGAACAAACUUCCGGUUAUCUAACACGAUUAGAAACGUUGACGGAGCUACAGCAGAGGCUGGCAUCAGGAUUUUUCCCCAAAAGUCAAACGCUAACGUUCACUACACCCGGAUCACAUCGAGGAGAAAUGUCGAAGCAGCACAAUUCCAUAAUCCGGCAAAGGAAUUGUUGGAAAGAAGCCAAAACUAAUAAUCAACAAUCCGAAGUACACCAACAAGAGGAACCAAAAGGCGCUCCCAAACCUAAAAAUAAAUUUCUUGGUAUUUUUCCAAAGUGGAAAUAGAAUAAGUCUCGUUUAAUAAAUCAAAUGCA